AUGCACUUGCGGCGUAUAGCAGCAAAUUGCCUACCUACUAAAGCUUGUUUAGCUAGACUCUGUGAUUUAGAUGAUGUCCUUUGCCCUCUUUGCAAGGAUGUUGAAGAAUCAAGCCUCCAUCUUUUUAUCUCUUGCCCCUUUACAAGAGCUGUUUGGUUUAACUCCCAAUGGGGACUGAGGUUAGAAAAUCUGAACUUAAACUCUCCUUCUCAUCUCAUUGGUGUCUUCCUUAACCCUCCCGUUGAAGCUAAUAUUGAGGGGAUCAAGAGGGGUGAAUUCUUAUUGUUUGGGGCUGUUAUUUGUGAAGCCAUUUGGAGAGCUAGAAACCAAGCUAUCUUUGAAGGCAAGGAAACUAAUCCAAUUGAGCUCUGCCAGAAAGUUGAUAAGACCAUAGUUGAGCACAAAAUGUCCAUAGCGAUCCAUUUAGGCUUCCAAUUGCCGAAACCAGUACAAAGGUGGAAGAAACUACCUAGAGAUUCAAUCAAGAUUAAUGUUGAUGCUACUUUCAAGGAUAGUGACUCCUCCAUUGCAGUUGUUGCUAGAGAUUGGAGAAGGGAAGUGGUAUUUGCUUGUGCUAAGAGAGUAUAUUCCAACAUUCCUCUUCAGGUAGAAGCAGAAGCCAUUAAAUGGGCCUUAAGCUUAGCUAAAAGUCUUGAUGCAGCUGCUAUGAUUGUGGAGAGUGGCUCCAAAGUCUGUGUCGACGCACUAGCACCUUCUGGCAAAAAGGUUCCCUAG